GAAAUAGCUUUGUACCUCCACACUGUGUCUGGCAUAAUACUUUACAUGCAACAGGAUGAACUAAGGGAAGAAGAUAGUCACUUCUCAGACAUGGAGAGCAGUCGGUCCAUUUUCAACAUGCAAGAUUCUUCAUCUUCAUCUUUGGAAAAGCAUGUCAGCUCAGCCAAUGGAAAUGGAGAUCUUGAUUCAGAGGAAGGCUCCAGCUUGGAGGAAAUCGGCUUUAACUGGGGAGAAUACCUGGAGGAGACAGGUGCAAGGGCAGCUCCUCAUGCAUCCUUCAAACACGUUGAAAUUAGCAUUCAGAGCAACUUCCAGCCGGGCAUGAAGUUGGAGGUGGCCAACAAGAACAACCCGGAUACGUACUGGGUGGCCACGAUCAUCACCACGUGCGGGCAGCUGCUGCUUCUGCGCUACUGUGGUUAUGGGGAAGACCGCAGGGCUGACUUCUGGUGUGAUGUGGUCAUAGCAGACCUCCACCCUGUGGGGUGGUGCACACAGAACAACAAGGUCUUGAUGCCGCCCGACGCAAUCAAAGAGAAGUAUGCAGACUGGACAGAAUUCCUCAUACGUGAUUUGACUGGUUCGAGGACAGCACCUGCCAACCUCCUGGAAGGACCUCUGCGAGGGAAAGGCCCUAUAGACCUCAUUACAGUUGAUUCCUUAAUAGAACUUCAGGAUUCUCAGAACCCUUUUCAGUACUGGAUAGUUAGUGUGAUUGAAAAUGUUGGAGGAAGAUUACGCCUUCGCUAUGUGGGAUUGGAGGACACUGAAUCCUAUGACCAGUGGUUGUUUUACUUGGAUUACAGACUUCGACCAGUUGGUUGGUGUCAAGAGAAUAAAUACAGAAUGGAUCCACCUUCAGAAAUCUAUCCUCUGAAGAUGACCUCUGAAUGGAAAUGUGCUCUGGAAAAAUCCCUUAUUGUUGCUGCUGAGUUUCCUCUUCCAAUGGAAGUAUUUAAGGAUCACACAGAUUUGCGAAGCCACCUCUUCACAGUUGGAAUGAAGCUAGAGACAGUGAAUAUGAGCGAACCCUUUCAUAUCUGUCCUGCAUCAGUGACGAAGGUUUUUAACAAUCAUUUUUUUCAAGUAACUAUUGAUGACCUCAGACCAGAACCUAAUAAACUGUCAAUGCUGUGCCAUGCAGAUUCUGUAGGGAUUUUGCCAGUACAAUGGUGCCUUAAAAAUGGAGUCAACCUCACUCCUCCUAAAGGUUACUCUGGCCAGGACUUUGACUGGGCAGAUUAUCAUAAGCAGCAUGCAGCAGAGGAAGCACCCCCCUUCUGCUUCAGAAAUACAUCUUUUAGUCGGGGUUUCACCAAGAAUAUGAAACUUGAAGCUGUGAAUCCCAGGAAUCCAGGAGAACUCUGCGUGGCUUCCGUGGUCAGUGUGAAGGGACGGCUGCUAUGGCUUCAUUUAGAAGGUCUGCAGUCUCCUGUGCCAGAGGUCAUCGUUGAUGUGGAAUCCAUGGAUAUCUUCCCGGUGGGCUGGUGCGAAGCCAAUGCCUACCCUUUGACUGCACCCCACAAGACAGUCUCACAAAAGAAGAGAAAAAUAGCAGUUGUGCAGCCAGAAAAAAAAUUGUCGUCCACAGUGCCUGUUGAGAAAAUACCUCAUGACCUUUGUUUAUAUUCUCACCUGGACAAUCCAGGGACUGUCAACGGGAAGUACUGCUGCCCACAGCUCUUCAUCAACCAUCGGUGUUUCUCUGGCCCAUAUCUGAACAAAGGGAGGAUUGCAGAGCUACCUCAAUCAGUGGGGCCUGGCAAGUGUGUGCUGGUGCUUAAAGAGGUUCUUAGCAUGAUAAUCAAUGCAGCAUACAAACCUGGAAGGGUAUUGAGAGAAUUACAGCUGGUGGAAGAUGCACACUGGAAUUUUCAGGAGGAGACGCUGAAGGCAAAGUACAGAGGCAAAACCUACAGGGCUGUGGUCAAGAUUGUACGAACAUCUGACCAAGUAGCAAAUUUCUGCCGGCGAGUUUGUGCCAAGCUAGAAUGCUGCCCAAAUUUGUUUAGCCCUGUGUUGGUUUCUGACAACUGCCCAGAGAAUUGCUCCAUUCACACUAAAACCAAAUACACGUAUUACUAUGGAAAGAGAAAGAAGAUCAUUAAACCUCCAAUUGGGGAAAGCAGCAUUGAGAUUGGACACACGAAACCAGCCCGAAGAAGAAAACGACGAAAAUCCAUCUUUGUGCAGAAGAAACGAAGGUCUUCUGCCAUGGACUUAACGGCAGGCUCUGGGGAGGAAAGUGAAGAUGAGGAUGCGGAUGCCCUGGACGAUGAUACCGCGAGUGAGGAGACUGGCUCUGAGCUGCGGGAUGACCAGACAGACACCUCUUCGGCUGAAGUGCCCUCUUCCCGGCCCCGGAGGGCUGUGACCCUGAGGAGUAGCAGCUCGGAGGCUGUGCGUCGGCCGCCUGUGGAGAGAGCUCGAAGGGCCCGACCCCCUCCGGCCCCUGCCACUGCUGAGGAUGGGGACAAGGACCCACCUGCCAGGCCUGAGGGUCAGGAGGAAACGAAACAGGAGGAGGAGGAAAGGCUUGUGCUGGAGAGCAACCCUCUGGAGUGGACAGUCACGGACGUAGUAAGGUUCAUUAAGCUGACAGACUGUGCCCCCUUGGCCAAGAUCUUUCAGGAGCAGGACAUUGAUGGCCAGGCGCUCCUCCUACUGACCCUGCCGACAGUGCAGGAGUGCAUGGAACUGAAGCUGGGGCCUGCUAUCAAGUUGUGCCACCAGAUCGAGAGAGUUAAAGUGGCUUUCUACGCCCAGUAUGCCAACUGACUUGGCUCCCCACCCCUACCCCGAAGAUGGCUCAUGAUCCUUGUGAUGCUACAUUUAUUUGUGAAAGUUUUCAGGAUAGAGAUUUGAAUUUUGCUGGGAUAUAUGAAAAGGUAUAUUCAUUCAAUAUCACCAAAAUGCCAACAACCCAGGACUGAGCCCAUCCACCAGCCUGUUUGGUAUUGCCAUGUUUUUAAAAGCACACAGAAGCUUCAGGAGAGUGUAAGUACAGUGUUGUAUUAGGCCAUAUGCCAAGACACAGAAGAGGUUCUUAGUCUAUUUACAUUUCACCAUUGUCCCACGCCAACCCAGGCAGCUUCCUGGGAACAGGGUCUCCCACUCUCAGCCCAUAUUCCUUGACAGCUAGCAUAGGCACAGCCAGCAUCUUCCCAAAGGUGACCAAGGAGGCCAUGAAAGCCUCUGCUGGAAGGUUUUGUGGUAGGUGUUGUCAGGCAUCUUUCCUAAUCACCCACGGCUGUGCUUCUGUGGCUGGUGUUUUCACCUCUAUUUGUUCAUGGUGGCAACUACUUUCUCCACCAUGACUGUGAGCAACAUUUCAGGCUGUUAUUACCAAAAAGAUGUGCCAAACCUCCACCAUCAGUCCAAUGUGCCUCUUCAGUCAAUUUGGAGUGCAAAGGGAGGCUGGUGUCUCAUUUGUAAUGAGAUGACUUUUCUGGUGUGAUUGCAGCUUAGCCCAUCCUAGGGAUGUCUCCUGAUCAGGGAAUGCCUACUUUAGGGAAGUUCCAAAUGCUGUGUAGAAGGCAAAAACAGGAAGAGAUGGGGGAAGAAUUUCAGGAACUGGCUACAUCUUCACAGCAAGAAAGUCCCUCUGAGCAUCCAUGGUGCUCCCUCUUGCCCUGGUGUGCCACAUGUACGCACAUGAGGAGACAGGAAUGCCUGCUAUGAUGCCGCACAUGGAACAGCCAGAGACCCAUGGUUCUCAUCCUCCUUGUCCAUGACAAAUUCUGUGCUAUGUGGGGUAACUUUCCAUCCUUUUAGACCCUAUUUCCUAUCAGAGGACAGGUUUGAACACCUAGGAGUGGAGCAGGGAACAUGUCUCCUUGUUACCUACCCUAGAAGACAAGAGUCCAGGUUGACCAAAAUGAGAAAAAAAAAAUGAAGCAGAUAAUUCACACUGUACUUCCUCUAUUCCAUUCUGGCUUUGAGGUUGCUUAUGAAAGCAGUUUUGUUAAAUCUGCUAAAUCUAUGGCUGUGAAAAUUGGCUGACUUUUUUAUACCCAGCAGUUCUAUCUCUGUUUCCUCAUGAGUGGUUCAGUGUUUCCACAAACCCAAAGGGACAGUAAUACUCUGAUGGAAAAGUCACCUUGAUGCUUUCUCAGAUUUACAUAUGGAAACCAAAUCUUCCUGUUCAGAAGUGGUAGGUCUCAUGGCUGAGGUGUGGGCUUCUUAUCUGUCUGUGUUUUUUGUUUUUCUUAUUGUUUAUUGUUUACUAUCAUUGUGUUGAUCAUUUCUUUGCCUAGACUAUCAGCAGUGCUAGUCAUGUAGUAUGGUGAGCUUAUUAGCUGCUCAUAUUUUGGUACCAUGUUAAGACCUGAUGAGCUGAGAGGCACUGCAAACUUUGAUUCCUCCUGCUAACUUUGCUUAGCAUCCUGUAACAGUUACAGUUUUAAGUGGAACACAAAUAUAUUAUGGUUGAAACUUCAUAGUCUCUCCAGAAGCUGAAUUUUUUUUUACAGUCCAUCUUCAAAAGUUUGGCCAGUGGAUCUGCCCUGAAGCCUUGAGUGGGAAGAGUUUAUCCUGUGUGGUAUUGCAAGAAUGGAAAUGGCUCUGGUAAUGUGUGUUUCGUUUGCAGUCAGAUAUCUCUCUUGCAAACUACAAUCUGGCCUCUCUUCAAUUUCCUAUCCCUGUCUUCUCAAGAGACACAUGCUUUUGGCCUUAAAUACUUCAUCCCAGUGGAGUGCAAUAUUUCUCAACAAUUGGAAAGGAAUCCAGUUCAAUAUUGGUGGCAUUUUCUCUGUCCAGACUGCUUUGAUCUUCCACUGUGACCUUUUUAAGCUGAGCUGUUGCCAUCGAUACCAAGCCAAGGACAUGGGGACUGCCACUGGGAUAGAUCAUCAUACCUGAGCGUGUGUGUCAUCUUCUCGUGUGCUUUCCAGUCAUGGCUCGAAGGAAUAAGUGUUGCCUCAGAUGAAAGGGAUCUCCUGGGGUCGUCCAAAGGGCUAGAGGACUACCCAUCAGGAAGCCCAGACAGGAUAUGGCCUCCAUUGCUGGGGGAAGAAGUAUCUUGCUUAAAUGGAUCCAGCCUUGCAGUUUAACUUCCUUCCCUCUCUUCCUGAGCUUGCUUACUUGGUCAACUCCAACUUCGUGAGCAUGGUGAAGGGAAGAGAUAGAUCCAAGAUCCAAGAGAUCCAAGCCAUGGAGCGCUCUGCCCUGGCCCGUCAAGAGAGCAGAGAAACACUUUAGAACCAAGGAGAUAUUUUUUCCUCUGAGAGUUGGCAGUGUUUUACUGACUGUGGAUUCUCAAGGAUUCCUAUCUUCGUGAUGUACAUCUUCACAUUCUAUUACAGGUUUGGAAAGUGGUUUCUGCUUCACCAGCUCCCAUCUAAAAGAUAAGACCACUUUCUAAGAUACAUUGUAUUGUGUUUAUCCUUUUUUUGUGACAGGAAAAAAAAAAGGAUGGAAGCCAGGCACUCUUGGCAUACACCUGUAAUCCCAGCUACUCAGGAGAUUGAAACCUAGAAGAUCACUGUUGAGAACCAUCUCGGGUAGAAAAGUUGAUUCCAUCUUUAGUUAGCCAGCAAAAUGCUGUAGUGGAGGCAUGGACCAAGCAGAAGAGUACCAAUUGUGAGCAAGGAAGCCAAGUGAGUGAAGCCUUCAGUUCAAGCCCGCAUACCAGCACCACAGAAAGAGUCUUAAUACAUGUACCCCAGUACCACCACAACCCAUAAACCCCAAAUGUAUUGAUCCGGACUGCAGCAAAUGCCCACCUCUGUUCCUGCUCUGGGUGGCACCAUUUUUACUCUCAUCUCUUGGAACUGACCAAGCAGAUGCCUCACAAUCUGUCCAGUGUAUACCCCAAGAAAUAGAAAUGCCACCCCAGCUUUAAGAACCAGAGUCCACUCCCUAAUUCUACUGUAAAACUAACAGAGUUUGUUUCCAACCCUUGUUUCUUGACUGUAUUUGUACUGCAUUGUCAGAUAUCGUGUCCACAAAACAAAACAUCCUAGCCUGGAAAAAGCAGGGUACUGUUGGCAUCCCAGAAACUUCUUUGCAACAAUGGUUUCCUUCCUCCCAGAAGCUUCACAGGGUGGAGAACUCAUCUGUCAUUUUGAAAAUUGGGUUCCUUUGAUCAGAGUGUGAAUCGCACAAGAUAUUUGAGCUGUAAGCUACUUUUCUGCCCUAUUUGGUUCUUUCGGAAAGAUCAUUUCCUGCGCUUGAUCUGAUUUGUUUUCUUCAGUAAAGUAAAACGAUCCAGACCUUAACCCUGCAACCUCUACCCUUUCCUACAGUUGCUGGCAGGUCGUUUUGCUCAGCUUUGGGAAGAUGAAUUUAGUUCCUAGUUUUUCUCAUGGAGUUUUGAGUGUUGUAUGGGGCAAAAGGUGAAUUUACUUUCUCUCUCAUACCGAACACCCUUUGUAAGAGCUACACCCCUUAAGUUUUGGAAGCAGUAGGGGUUUUCAUACUUACUUUGUGGAACACCCAUUUAUAUUUAUUUCUGUACAUAAAACUGAAACAGAAGACAGUAGGUGAAAAUCUCUAUUGUGAUUUGACAACAUUGCUGCUUUUGGGUUAAGAUGGUGAAUCUAGGCUCCCAUUACUUUCUCUUGUCUCUAGAAAGCUGUGACUGAGUGUGCAAUGCUUUGAAAAGAAAAAUUGUAAAUGAAGAUAUCUGUAGUUUGUAAGGAAGAAAUUUUCAGAGAGCUAUCCAUAUUGCUCACUGUCUCUUUGGUGCAAUAAUUAAGUAGCAAGGGAAAACUCUUCUUGACAACAGUUAGGAUUCAAAGAUCCUCUCUUACUCAUUGUUCUUUUCUGUUUACAGAGUCGUUCUUUUUAAUUACUCCUUCAACACAGUUAAAAUUUAAACUUGAUUAGACCUCAUAGCUUCUUACCAUCCGUGUGGUUUCUAAACAUCCAAAACAUGGUAUGAUAAAGUCAUGUGCUAUUCGUGACCCAUUUAAUUUAUCUAAAAAUUGUAAUUGCCGAUGUAUUCACUGCCUUGGAUUUUUCUUACAAAGGAUAAAUUACGACUCAGUCUCCUGAGCUGUAGACCUACUGUGUUUAUUUGCAAUAGCUAAGAUUCAGCCUCUGAGAGGAUGUGGGUCAUGUCACAGAAUCCAAGCAUAGCAUUGUUUUGUGUGGCUGAAGAUAUACACUGAGGAAAAAGGAAAGUUCUAGAACAAUCCUUUGCUGAAAAAAGUAACAAUGGAAAAUUUGAGGCAAACUUUUAAAAAUAAUGAAGUAAUCAUCUUACUUGUCCUGAAUGGAAGGUAACUAGCAUGGUCUUGAUAAAGUGAUGGUUAAAAGACCUUUUACUGUUUUACAUUCCAGUUUGAAUAGUUUGUACUAAAGUUUGAUUCAUAUCUUGUGUAGAUUUCAGUGCAUCAAAGAAAAAUUAGUAUCUUUAAAAGGGCAUGCUAUUCGUUUGCUGUAAGAUUGUAUUCUGUAUAUAUGUUUUCAUGUACAUAAAUGAAAAUCUAUAUCAGAGUUAUAUUUUAAUUUUUAUUCUAAAUAAAAACCCUUUUUACUUGAAAAAAUGUAAGCCACAUUGUUAAUAAAGUAAAAAUCAAUUCUAUGGUGGUGUUUGUAUCUUUGUGUAGAAGGUUAUUAAAUACUAUUUUUAGCAUUUGC